AUGACAAAUUAUCAAUAUUAUUAUUUUAAAAUUUGUAAAACAUCAAUUAAUCAACUUAAAUUAGUUGAGCAUCUCAUUGAUAAUUGGCAACCUGAAACACUUGAAAUAACAGACAACAAAAUUUCAUCAAUUGAAAAAAAUGCAUUUCAACAGUUGAGUAUAAAAACUUUGAUAAUUAAUUGUUUUGCAAAGCCGUUUACUUUAUAUCCUGCAUCAUUUGCUGGAUUAAAAAAACUUGAAUUUCUUGUACUCAAUACUUCGCCAAUCCAAAUUAGAUCAUAUAUUUUUGGAGUUGAUAUUUGUCAUGAGAGAUUAUGUACAAAUACUAAUUUCAAUAUAACGAGUCUUCAUUAUACAUAUGGAAAAUUUACAAAUUUACAACAACUUGCUUUUUCGUGUUUAAAACAACUUGAAUAUCUUGCUAUAACAAAUAGCAGUUUAAAAACAAUUGAACCCACUGCAUUUGACGGUCUCGAGAAUAUAAAAUAUUUAAGUUUAUCAUCAAAUCAAAUACAAACAAUUAAUAGUAAUGUAUUUACGAAUUUAAAUUUAUCAUCGCUUGACUUGAGUUAUAAUUUGUUAACUCAUAUUAAAAAAGAUACAUUUUAUGGAAUCAAAACAAGAGCAUUGGAUAUUUCCUAUAAUAAAAUUAUUAAAAUUGAUGAUGCUGCAUUUAAAGACAUGAAUCUUCAACACAUAUACUACAAUAAUAAUCCUGGUUUGCCAAGUUUAGAAAAUUUAGUACUAGAUGUCGGACCAAUUUCUCUUCAAGAAAAUUUAUUUGAUCAAUUAAUAUCACUCAAUUAUCUUCGUAUUGAAAUUAAAUAUAAUCCACAAUCACCUUUGCGAUAUGUUAAUAAUGUAUUGAAAACUGUUCCAAGUAUAAGAGUAUUGGAAAUUUUAAAUAGUGGUUUAAUUAAUAUUUGUAGUAAUCCAAUAUCCAAUGAGAAUUCACUGCCAAUUACAGGACUUUAUUAUACUGGUGGUUUAAUUAGUACGUUACCACGAAAUUCAUUGAAAUGUCUACGAUAUCUGGAAAAAUUGUCAAUAUCAGAAACACAAUUGACGACAAUUGAACCUGGUGUAUUUGAUUCACUGGACAAUCUCAAAUAUAUUCAUUUGGCAUUUAACAAAUUAACUCAUAUUUCUACUGAUACUUUUGAAGGUGUUUAUUGCAUCCAGUUGGAUCUAUCACACAAUAAAAUUAGCCACGUUGAAAAUGAUGCAUUUGAAGGUACCAAUAUUCAAGAUAUGUUUCUAUUCAAUAAUUCUAUCAUCGAUAUCCAAAAGAAAGCCUGGAAGAUUCCUCCAUUUACUUUUGUUAAAUUUGACAAACCAUUUCAUGCUGUACCAUAUUGUGCAUUAAGAACAGGCGAAGUCAUACUUUGUGAUCGUUGUCAAUUUAGAAUGUGUUAUCCUCUUGUACUUCGUUUCGGUUAA